AUGGACACAAACAGAAAGAGACCACUUUCAAAUACGACCACUACCGAGGCUAAUGGAUGGAAAUCUAAAGAUCGUCGUAAUAUGAUGGUGAAGAAGAUAAACUCGUUCAUGUACUUCGUCUGUGCUGAAUAUUAUAUCCAGCGAGAUCCUCUCUCUUGGUCACAUAAAGUUCCUCACCUUCUGAAGUCUGUCGAAAAAUUUGAGGAAGAGGUGUUUGAAUCAGCCAAGGAUGAGACUGAAUACAUUAGAAGGAUAUCAGCAAAGACGAAGGAAAUAAGGGCACCACUUCCAAGUAAUGAAUCCAAUCUUUUGUCCUCAAAAGGUUCCGGUUCAGAGUCCUUCUUGAGGAAUCCUUACAGUAAUUUGGAGAGAAGAGAUGUGGAAUUGAGAAUCGAGAUUCAAAUGAUAAAAAGCAAAUACUGCGCAAAACUCAAUAUUCUUUACAAAGGUUUGAGUAAAAGAUUUGACCAGCUGAAGGCAAUUCAACAACAACCUAAGACAUCUGACUUGCUAAAAUGUGAGCAUCAUAUGCGGGCAUUAGAAUAUACUUUUGCUCUCUUCAAAGCCAACAAGAACCAAAUUACCUCUGAUUUUGAGCAAAAAAUAGAUAGGAUGGAAAACUACAUACAACUUAUUGAACAGCACAAAAUUGUUACUCCAAAAUCAAAGCUUUCCCAAGUGGAAGGAACAUCCUCAGAGAAAGUGGAAGAAACAUCUGCAAAGAAACAAACUACACAGGUAUUGAGUCUGCAUAAUUCUCAUUCGACAAAGCCAAAUUUUUAUCAAGUGACGAACCAAUUCAGCACUUCACAUGCACAAGAAGAGUCUGUUAGACAACAAGGAUAUGGAAAUGUUGUACAACAACAAACAAGUGGUGAAAGCUCACCUAUCAGCAGCAGUUAUGGGAUUUUAGCUUCACCCUUACUUGAAAAUUGCAGUAAAGUGAAAGAAACUUUUCAAGAUCAUAGUGUCAACUGUGAUGAUUCAAGCCCUGCAAUGCAACACUUGAUUAAAGUGUUGACCUCUGUAUCAGCAGAAGCAUUGGUGGCUUCUUGUGGAGAGAUUGGAAUAAUAUCUCAGUUGAAUGAAGACACGUCAACAUUAGAACCACUGAAUGGACCACCAAUUAGGGCAACUGACUCAGACUCAGAGGGAGUUCUUGUAACAGAUUCACAAGCAAGAUACUUGAGUCGUCGUAAAUUUGGUCCCAUAGAAAGGAAACUGAAUCGUUUCUUUGAUGCAGUCCCUAUAAAUGACAAUUUUAUGCAAACAGCUAAUUCAGAGAAACAUUUCUCAAGUUCAAGCAUAGUUCAGGAAAAUUAUACUCUUUUAGAAGAAAUAAAGGAGAUAAACAAGCAACUGAUAGAUACCGAGGUAGUAAUUGAGAAAAGUGAAUUUCCAACUUUUGCUGAAGGACAACAAAUUGCGCAUGGUGAAGGAUUAACUGUCAAAUUGUUUUUCAAUUCAGUGACAGUUAAUCUAAACCCAAUAUCAGAUCAUGAUGAUUUUUCCAAAAAGCCAAUAAUCAAACCACUUUGGUUGCACAUUCCCACAAAUUAUCCAAAUUCCUCAGCUGUUAUUUUAGAUGAAAUGGCAAGGGAUGAUGACAGCAAGGAUUUAGAGGAUCUAUCAAUGAAAGCUAAGUUGAAGUUAAGGGUCUGUCUAAGAAGGUUAAAUCAACCCUUGUUACUAAAGGAUAUUGCAAUGUCAUGGGACCAUUGUGCCAGAGAAGCAAUAUGUGAAUAUGCGCAACUUCAUGGUGGUGGAACCUUCACCUCAAAGUAUGGAGGAUGGGAGACAUGUUUUGAUCCUAGUUGA